CACCAUCUCUCAGCCUGUGGACAGCACCAGUCUUUUGGCCCCUAUCACACAUACCAGCCCAGUGCCUACCUCUAGUCCAGGCUCCUUCGUGUCUCUGCCCACAAUCAGUGAGCCAGGCCCUACAUCCGCCAUUCUCCCUGCCAGCACGAUGCCUUUGCUCUCCUCCUCUGUGACUCCACCUAUUGUGAGCAGAAGCACCAUUGUUCAUCCCACCCUUUCUGCCCACAUUUCUACUGUGCGCCCCAUGUCUUCUUCUCCUCCCCUCACCACGGUUAUGCUGGCAACCACCUCAACGCCCACAGCUAUGGCUUCUACUACUACUGCAAGGAGCUGCCUCAAUGGAGGGCUGUGGACGGGCGAGGCCUGCGUCUGCCCCAGUGGCUUCACGGGAGAUCGGUGCCAGUUUGAGAGCAAUGUCUGCAGCAACGGAGGCUCCUGGAAUGGGCUCGAGUGCCAAUGUUCCCCCUUCUUCUUUGGGCCAAAAUGUGAAGAAGUGAUCGAUGGCACUAAGCUGGAUCUACCACAGAAGGCCUCUGCUUCUGUGAAACUGACCGUGACAGUGACCAGCCAGCAGUACAGAGAUAAGCUGGAGGACCAGUCUUCGGAAGAAUUCAAGAAUUUCAAUACCAUUUUUACAGAACAGAUGAAACUGAUAUACGCUGGAAUCCCUGAGUAUGAAGGGGUCAACAUCAUGAGCCUGAGGCCUGGCAGUGUGGUGGUGGAACACGAGGUCAUCCUGAAGGCCAAUUACUCUCUGGAGUACAAACAGGUGCUGGAGAAAGCCUCACAGCAGGUGAAGGAGAAAAUCCUGAAUGCGACAAAAAAGCAAAUAAGCAGCAGUAAUGGUACCUGCUCAGCCUACUUACUGUGCUUCAACUCAACUGCCACUGUGAUACAGAACGUCUCCAUUGUCCAGUACGAUCCUGAAAGGGAAUGCCGGGAAAUGGCUGGUGCCUAUGCUGCCCACUUCACGGUGCAGUACAAGGACCAGCAGCCAUACUGCAUCACGCCCUGCAUGCCUGGCUUCAACACCUCCCUGGACUGCCACUAUGGCAAGUGCCAGCUGCAGCUCAGAGGCCCCCGGUGCAACUGCCUGAUCACAGACACUCACUGGUACCAGGGGGAGACCUGCGAGCGAGGCAUCCAGAAGAGCCUGGUGUAUGGGCUCUCGGGUGCAGGGGCCGCAGUGGUGCUAGUGGUUCUGGUCGUCCUCCUGGUCUUUGCUCUGCACGCCAAGAGAGUGGCAGCAAGAGAAAAGUACAGAGUGUCUCAGUUGUACAAGUGGUACGAAGAGGGCGGCGCACCUGCCCCUGGGACCUUCGAGAACACUGGCUUUGCCAUCUGUGACGAACAAGAGCAUUAUGUGCAGCUGGACUCCAUCUACCAUAACUUCCAGCCUUCCCUGAACAACGUGGACUCCAAAACCAAGAUCAAAAUCCAGAAGCCCCAGGUGAUAAUGACAUCAAUGUGAGGCAAAGGUGCUUUUACAGGGAGGUGGAGAGUGAGAAAAACCUCAAUCUGACCGCGCUUGGUGGAGCGUUCCCCAUUGCGAGCAUUCCGCAGGAAUUUCUUGAGAAACAGCUCUGUACUGACCAAGGAAGAAGCCGCCGGAGGCUCUAGUGGGGUUGCUAUGAUGUCAGGCCUAGCCCUCCCACGACCUCGUUCAGCACCAAGGACAGCGUCCGACGCCCGGAGCCGCGGGAAAGUUUAACCCGGGGAAGGGAAUACACUGUGUUCCGCGAAAUGCUUUUCUCAGGACUGUGCUUGCUGUACUCAU